AUGGAAGAUGAAGUAAGCAGUAAAGCACAUCUGGAGGUGGAUGCAGCGUCUCCGAGCAAACAGAAAGAUGUUGGUCCAGAGGUUCCUGAGUAUCCUCCAAGCACAGGCUCCGUGGCAGCUCGAAGGUCCUACUCUCCAGGGAGCUUCGACGACGUGGGGGGGGGCGGAGGCUACACGCCGGACUGCAGCUCUAACGAGAACCUGACCUCCAGCGAGGAGGACUUCUCGUCGGGUCCGUCCAGCCUCGUAUCCCCAAGCCCCUCCACCUUCCCCCUGUACCGGGAGAAGAGCCGCUCCCCCUCCCUCGGCAGCAGCAGCCCCCCCACCCCGCUGGCUCAGAAGCGCCUGAAGCAGCAGGGGGUCGUCUGCGAGGCCGCCGUCAUCGGGGUCCGCAAGACGGGAAAGAUCUGGAGCGGAGACGGAGAAUCCAACACCUCCAGCAGGAACUCCCAGGACCACAGUGGGCAGGAUCUGGGUAAGAGACACCACACAGAGCAUUACUGAGGACUUUUAUUUGGAAGGAUUAUUAUAUUAACAGAACAGUAUUAUAUUGGUGCGGGGAAAUCAUUGUAUCGCGAGAUUUGGAGUUAUAUAUUGCUAUUAUUCUGAUAUUUGGAUUUGAGGCCCAUUAUUUUCAUGGAUUUUGGAUAUCCUAAGUGUUGAUUUACUUUGUUUAAAGGCUGCGUUAAAGUACAGUGAUGUAGUAGUGGCAAUAUUUUAUUGAUACGCAGAUUUAUUUAACAU